UUUGUGGACUUCUCGGUCUUGACAUUCACGUUUCUUGUCGUAAUAAUAAAACGUGUCGUCUCGACGCUGGAGCUUCUUCACGAAGCCGGACUGCGGCCAUUUGUCCACCUGAAACUCAGACAAGAGGAGACACGCUCAGUUUUCAUUAACACACAUUCAAGUUUACAGGUUCACGCUUCAUCGAGACAUCUUCAAUAGACACUAAAGAGAUUCAGACAUUUACCGAAGCUCCUAGUUUGACUUGUGAAUACUCCACUUCAUCCCUGUAGCCUGCCAGCUGGAAUCGGAACAGGUUCUCCACCUCUGCUGUCCACUGCCUGGCUCUGCUCAUGGACCUGGGCUCGGGGGGGUCUUCGGCAGCACAGGACAUGAUGUCUGCUAAAACAAGUUUCUGACAGUUACACUUCAACCUUGAAGAGUAAAGAAACUGCAGCUGUUACUGGAACAACAGGUUCAAACACAUGGAGACAAACAAGGUUUUCACUGAGUGUUUAUCUUAAAACUAAGAACUGUGAGUGUCACAGUGAGUUUAGUUAAAUUCGUUAUAUGAGCUGAACUGAAAUAUAAACACAUCCACUGGAAAUGUUUUCCGUUUGUGUAUUUAUCCAUAUCCAGUGAUACUUUAAAUAUUCAAUUGAGGUUUGUUUUUGUUUUAUUUCACAUCAGCAAACAGCUAUAUAUUUGUAUAUAUAUAUUUAAAACAGAAAAAUAAAAAAAACUGAUUUAUUUCUAUAAGCAUCUUUGUGAAGUAUAAAAUGCAACAUCUCUUAAUAGAAACUCGCUUCAGAGACAUAAACGGUUUACAGUUAUAAACAGUCGAGUUUAAACAUAAUCCAUUUUUAAAUGGAAUAAAAUGUGCUAAAUUAAAACACUAAUUUCUGUGCCUAUUAAAUAAGAGUGACAUUCCUCAAACACGAAAAUGCUUCAUCUAUAAAAAGGUAUUUUACACAAAGAGCUUAUUAAAUGUAAGAGAAUCAAAGUAUAAUUAUUUCCUCUGCUCAUCUCAAUGAAGUGAAACAUUAAAUCGUGACAUCACAGCAACAGACUGAGUCCGUUGAGCUUCAGAUCAGAUUCUGUCACAUUAAUCUUUACAGAUUAUGUUUUUUAAAUCGCAGUAUUAAACUUCACUCACGGUUUUUUUCUUGCGUGAUUUUUUAAGACAGUAAAAUAAUUUCGUGUGUUUGCGGUCCUGUCGCUUCUGUCCGUUGCCUGGUUACCGUGAACUUUCUUCUUCGAGGCUGGAGGGCGAGGCUCCAGUAGAUUGAGGUGUCUUCUGGUGAAACGGGAGAAUUUAAAUGUCUGUUCUGUUUGUUGAUUCGUUUAAAUGUAAAAUAAACAAGAAACUAGUUUUAUAAAGAGUCUGUGAUUGACAGGGAGGCUGGGAUAGAGCGAGGAGCAGCGCAGCGCGUGCAGGCACUAGGUGGCGCUGACGUGUCUGCGCUGCAGGGAAGAGAAGCGCAGAAGAAGAAGCUCAAGUCAGAGGGCGGGACCUUCAGAUGCGAUGUUUUCGACUUUUCUUCGUUAAAAACAACGUUAGUUUCUUUAAUCCGAGCGGAUAUGACGUAAAGGUUCGUUGUAGCCAUGAGCUCGUUCACAGGGCGGAUGAAGGAAUAUCCCGCGCUGUCCCUGGACCGGUUCGACCGGGACAACAUCUUCUCCCGGGCUUACUUCCUGUCCCACUGCCACAAAGAUCACAUGAAGGGGCUGAAGGGGCCUCUGCUGAAGAGGAAGCUCCAGUUCAGUCGCACAGUCCGGCUCUACUGCUCCUUUGUGACCAAGGAGCUCCUGCUCAGUAAUCCUAAAUACCAGUUCUGGUCCCAGUUCAUCGUUCCACUGGAGCUGGAGAGUCCCACUCAGAUCUCCCUGGUGGACGAGGCUUCAGGAGAGAAAGAAGAGCUCGUGGUGACGUUGCUUCCUGCAGGUCAUUGUCCCGGCUCUGUCAUGUUCCUGUUCGAGGGUUCUCAGGGAAACGUGUUGUACACAGGAGACUUCAGGUUCGCUGUGGGAGACGCGUCCAGGAUGGAGCUUCUCCACUCGGGCAGCAGGGUUAAAGAUAUUCAGAGCAUUUAUCUGGACUCCACUUUCUACGACUCUCGCUUCUAUCAAAUACCCACUCGAGAGGUGUGUCUGAAUGGCAUCUCGGAGCUCAUUGGAAACUGGAUCUCUCAGAGUUCUUAUCACGUCGUGUGGCUCAACUGUCGAGCUGCGUACGGAUACGAAUACCUGUUCACCAACCUGGGAGAGACGUUCAACACUCAGAUCCAUGUCAAGAAUCUGGAGAUGUUCAAGAAGAUGCCAGAGAUCCUGAGCUACGUGACGACCGACCGCAGGACUCAGAUCCACGCCUGUCGACACCCGAAGGCUGAGGAGUAUUUACAAGGCAACCGGCUGCCGUGUGGUUGCACCGCCAGCGACGGGACUCGUCUUCAAAUCAUCAGCAUCAAACCGUCGACCAUGUGGUUCGGGGAGAGAACCAGGAAAACCAACGUUAUAAUAAAAACAGGAGCCUUUUCCUACAGAGCCUGUUUCAGUUUCCACUCCUCCUACGCUGAGCUGAAAGACUUUCUGACGUAUCUUCAGCCGGUCAACAUCCAUCCCAGUGUGAUCCCUAUGGGCCGGACUCUGACUGAGGUCACUCAGAUGUUGAAGCUGAUGUGCAGGGACCAAUCUGAUCAGACAGCGUUCGUAUAUAAACCUCUGGGAGUUCUCAAACGCAGCAGGAUGGAGCAAACUACCAACGAUUCUGGCAGCGAUGACGAGCUGUUUGACGGACGGGACCUGGCACCAGUGAGGAAGAAGAUGGGGCUGAACCAAGAAGAAGAAGAAGAAGAGAAAAUUCAGAGAACAGCGCCCCCUGUAUCUGUGGAUGAGUCUUUACCUCCGUCAGUCGCCGACACACAGUCUGUUGCAGGUGACUACGUCGACUGCACCGAGUCCAAUGGUGAAGAGGAAGAUGAGGAGGAGGAGGAGCAGGGGGACAUGAAACCGAUGAAGGAGGAGGUGACAAAAGAAGAAGAGAACAAGAUGGAGGCAGAAAACCAAGAGAUUCCAAAGUGGGAGGACUUCUUCUCUGCAGAAAUGCCGACUGACAGCCAGAACAGCCAAUCACAGUCCUGCUGCUCCUACCCCAGCCCCUCCCCCUCCAAGAUGACCAGCUCACAGACGCCCGAGCUGUUCAGUGAUGAAGAUGAAGAAGAAGAAGAAACUCCUGAAAGCAACGACCACGAACCCUUCAGCCUGACCCUGUCGGCCUCCUUGUCCAAUCAUUCCUCCCAGAACAUGGACUCGUGUUUCCCCGACACCUUGAUCCUCCGCCCGGAGGGAGAACGAGGAGAAACGAGGACCAAUACCGUCCCUCAGAGACAAGAGGACGACGGGCUGAUCCUCCAAUCAGAGCCGGAGGAGCUGUCCCAGUCCCAGGCGUCCUCAGACUUUGACAUUCCCUGCACGCCAGAGUCGAAGGCGCCGCGACCAGAUGAACUGUCCCAGCUGUACCAGGCGUUGGCCUCGGGAGAGGAAGACCUCCUCAGAGAAGGAAGGAAGGGCUUCGCUUGACUGAGAUGAAGAUGGACGUCUUGUUGUGAACUCUUAAACUCCAACUGCUCCAUGUGUGUGGAUGGGACAUGAACCAGCCAAGUAUAAAUGUUUCUCAGGGAUCAAAACAAAUGUAAUUUAAAUGUUUUAGUUUUAGUUUGUCAGGUUUUCAUCCUUGUUUGUUUGUUUGUUUGUACACAACAUGACUCAGAGUCCAGUGGUGGAAGGACGUGGAACCGCCCAGGAAAGAAUCCAUUACAUUCCGGUGCAGAUCUCCUCAGGAAGGUUUGUUCCAAAGAGGAAACUGGUGAAAAACUUUAUCUCACAAAGUUAAAGAAAGAGAAAUAUAAUUCCUGAAUCCGUGCUCUGAUCCAGAUUCACACCGAGUCCUUCCUCAUCCUUCCACCAGGUUCCAUGUGAACCCGUCCUCAAGGUUUAACAUCUCGCUCACAAACAAACAAACGGGUGAAAACACAACUUCCUUGUUGGAGGUGAAUGUUGAUGAGUUUCCUUUCGACGGACCAGCGGCUCCACUAAUGAGCGACCGCAGCCUCCGCCAUGUUGGAGAUAAUCAGCUGAGUGAGAUUCAGUGUAACGGCUGCACAGCAGGAGGCGCCAGCAGGAGGCUCCCAGAGGAGUCGGCAGUGGUCGGGAUUAAAAACAACGUGCAGCCUCCCGGAGCUUCACAACAAACCGUCUCUCUCACGGAGUCCUGGUUUGUUUCCACGUCCAUUAAAAGACACAAGUCAAUAAGCAAGGCGGCCAUGACAGGAGCCGGUGUCUCUCACAGAGGACGCAGAGGGACGACGUCCUCCACUGCUGGUUCACAUGUGAGACUCCUGAUGAGACUGAGGGUGUGAAAGACGCCUGCAGGGAUUCAUCUGCUUCUUCUUCUCCACUGACGGACCUCAUCCCUCCAUCACGUGCACCCUGCAGGUCACACAGAGGCAGGACAGUGGACGAGCUAAAGUUCAUUUCCAAGAAAAAGUCGAACUUUAAAACUGAUUUAAAUUGAUUUGAUGACAGAAAACAAUGCACUUUAUUCAAUGACAAUGUUCUGAUGUUUGUCACAGCUGCUUUAAAAACGUUGUGAUUUAAUCACCUUUAAGUUUUCACCUGUCUGUUUAUGUUUAGUUUUCAGGAUUAAGCUCAAAGUGAGAAAUGACUCAAAGUAGAAUCUUUGGUGCAGAUCCAGGGAUUUGUGUUUUUCUCUUUCUUUAACACAAUAGGAAGUUUUUCAACAUUGUUCUUGAUUCUCAGAGAUUAAUUCAAGAAUCUUGAUGAAAACAGUGUUUAGAGGACUGAUGUACGUUUUUAUUCAGAUACUUUCUGAUAAGGACCAAUUUAAUGCAAUAAUAAACCUCAUACACUGCCUCCUGUGACCCUUAUUCUCUACUGCCCCCUUCAGGCAAAUCCUUCAAAAUGCUAAAUCAGUCAAAAAAGAAAAAAUAACCAUUUUGAAUUUGUUCAGGAUCACAGUAAUCUAGUUAUUUACCAAAAGCUCUAUGUAUUUCCAGUGUUUGUUGGAAAGAAUGAGGCACAAGCCAAGAAAGAACCAAAUUCAUUUGCCAAACAAAAACACUAAAGUCUCACACCACAGAAGUGUUGUGUUGCAGUACUUGAGUAAAUGUACUUAGUUACACAGGGGCUGAAUCCUGUAGAAACACUGGUAUGGGCCUUAAACUGCUGACAUCACAGGUCUCAUUAAUGAAACGCACACAAGCACACACCCAGCAUGCACAGAGACACGCACAGAGACACACACAC